AUGGACGAAGCGGAGGACGCGCAGGAGGGGAAGCACCCCCUCGAGAACGCGUAUCAGGCAGGUGCGUCUCCGAUCCGCCGUCUCGUACCCUCGCCGACCGGUGCGGCAGGCACCAUCGAGCGCGGCCACAUCUACUUCUUCUACCGGCCCAAGGUCGAGCGCGAGGAGGCCCACUCGCUCGACGACGUCCAGCGGUUCUACAUCCUCCUCUGCCGCGGCCCCCCAGUUCGCGUCCGGUUCCGCCGCCGACACGGCCAACGAUGGGGAGCAGGAGCGGGAGAUGGCCUCGUCGAGGAAGGCGCGGACGCCGUGCCCGCCGCGGAGCCCCAGGACGAGCCGAAGAAGCCCUUCCGCCUGAUCCACGUCGGGAAGAAGGGGCUUCCAGACCCCGAGCGGGCUGGCGGGGGCGGUGGCAGGCGGAGGCAGAUGUUCUGGGCGUCCGUCGACAGCGUCGGAGAUGACCUGACGGCGCUGCAGGCGGGCCUGGAGGGGUCGACGUACGAAACCAAGACCAGGGGUGCGUCGCCUCGCCGACUCGCCGCUUUCCGGCGGACGGGACCGCCGGCGCGGCUCGCGGCGGCGUACGCGAUCGUCAACCAGGACGCACGGAUACCGUCUCAGCGCGAGACCCAUCUCGGGUACCACCUCUCGCACCCUCUGCGGACCAGCUGGGGGAGGCAACGCGCCCAGUACCCACCCGAGAUUAUGAAGGGCGUGUUCGGGAAGGGCGGGCGGCGCGGGAACGAGACAUACGGGCUGCGGUUUGCCGCAUGUGAGAGGAGGGAGAUGCUGGACUACGAGGGGACUGAGUUGCUGCUGAUUGCAUCCAGAAGCGGAGAAGAGGGCCUUGAGGAGAGCUUGGGUGGCGGCAGAGGCAAAGCUCUUGAGGAAGCCGAAGAUAGGGAAAGCCAGGAGUCGAUAGAUGAGGUCAUGAAAGAGCUUGCUAUGGAUGUUGAGAAGAUUCCGGCUGAUCCGUUGGAAGGUCUGUGGGCUUAG